AUGGACGGACGAGAGAUACCUGGCUUCUACUUUGAUGAGGACAAGAAAAAGUACUUCAGAAUCACCACUGGCCAUACUGGGACAACCACGGUCUACACUGCAGACAAGUUAAAGAGCAAGGAAAAACAUAAAUGUAGGGCUACUGCAAAAGCCGACAAACAGAAGCAAGCACAGAAGGAAACGAUUCGGUCUCACAACACGUUCCUCCCAUAUCUUGCCCGCUCUUGCCUCGCACGGGAAAUUGGUGCCCGGCCUCAGAGGUCUUACUAUGCGCAACAUGCUUGGUCCGCGGCUGUUGCGUCUGGGUUUCAACCUGUCGUCCUUGCGCCUGAAUCACUGCCUCGAUAUUGGGAUAUCGACCCGGUUACCAACUGUCUAUAUGUGGCUUGCGAGGACGGGAGCGUCAGGCAUGCCCGCUUGAUGACAGCUGCGCAGAGAAGGAACCAGCCCCAGCACAAGCGAGCUCCUUCCAUACAGUACGAAAACUUCAAACUUGCACAGAUGCUGUCUAGAUUAACCUCUCAGAUCUCUUCCCUUAAUUACGUGCCAACAUCCGGUACCUUGGUAGUCACAACUCUAGGCGGAGAUCGCCCUCCCAUUGUCCAUUUAUCAGACCCUGGACGCGACAGCCCCGGAGUCGCAGAGCAGUUCACCCCCCGCAACAUCAGCACAAUCUGGACGUCCGCCCCCCGCCCAUCCUUCUCCAUCUCCGAUAACUCUGUCCCGGAAAAUGCACUCGAAUACGUCGCCGCAGGUGCCUCUCAAUCCCUAAUGCUCUUCACUCGGCGCUCACUCGGAACUUGGACUCCCUCAACACCCCUCAAACUCUCCACCGACAUCCAAGCACUCACCUGGCUCUCUCCAAAUGUCCUCGCCCUCGGUUGCCGUGAUACCGCAAUCCACAUCUAUGACUUGCGCUCCCGCGGCUCGUCCCACAUCCUCACGCACACGUCACCAAUCAGCUGUCUCCGCCCCGCAGACGACUUCACGCGUCUCGUGUGUUCCGGUCUCAACGAUACGCUCAUGCUGUACGAUAUGAGGAUGCCGGCAGCCUUGUGCAAAACCACGCGCACAUCAUUUCCACCACCUAACGGUAGACAAGUGAACAUCAAGCGUAAGCGCAAACGCCCCAUAGCCCUCGACCCCCUGCGCACAAACCCGCACACGCCCUCUCAGCCUGUACUCCAAUUCCCAUACGCUAACGUCGACGACCCUGAACUCGGUUUCGAUGUUCAUGCACGACUUGGGCUAGUCGCUGGAGUCGAUGAGGAUGGUAGGAUGAUUAUUUGGAGCCUGCGGACAGGGGAGGAAUUGCGGGUGUUUGAGCGGGACGCAGCUGGGAGCGGGCAUAAUCGGAAGCCGUCGUUUGAGCGCGCACGGUGUGUAAGAUUUGUUGAAGAGGAAGGGGGUGGGAGGGAUCAGGAAGUUAGUGUUUGGAGUGUGUGGAAAGGUGGUUUGACUAGUUUUAGGUGGUGA